AUGAAAAUUUUCACAUUUUCUUCUCAAUUGCGGUGGACCCCUUAUAACAUAGCUUUGUGCCUGCAAAAAUGCUUAAAAGCAAAAGCUUUAAAACCUGGCAAGCAACUCCAUGCAAUGCUACUCACAACUGGAAUGAACAUGAACAUCAUGUCUUUAAGUUCUAAACUUAUUGGAAUGUAUUCUAGUUCUGCAGACUUAAAAUCAGCAAAAAAAUUAUUUCAAAAAACUGAACAUCCAAAUGUUUUUGCAUUCAAUUGGAUGGUUUUAGGUAUGGUGUAUAAUGGUUACUUUGAUGAUGCAUUGUUUUACUUUCAUAGAAUGCGUGAAAUUGGUCUAAUUGGUAAUAAGUUUACAUUUGGUAUUGUUCUUAAAACAUGUGUUGGUUUGAUGGAUGUGGAGAAAGGGAAGCAGGUUCAUGGGAUGGUUUGUGAGAUGGGUUUUGGGAAUGAUGUUUGUAUUGGGAAUGGUUUGAUUGAUAUGUAUUGUAAAUGUGGGAGCAUUGGUUAUGCUUGUAAGGUGUUUGAUGGAAUGUCUGAGAGGGAUGUUGCUUCGUGGACAUCGAUGAUUUGUGGGUUUUGUAAUUUGGGGGAAACUGAGAAAGCGUUGGUGUUGUUUGAGAGGAUGAAGGUGGAAGGAUAUGAGCCGAAUGAUUUUACGUGGAAUGCUAUCAUGGCUACGUAUGCUCGUUUGAGAGAUAGUAGGAAAGCUAUUGGUUUUAUGGAAAGAAUGAAAAAUGAGGGUUUUGUUCCUGAUGUGGUUGCAUGGAAUGCGUUGAUUUCUGGCUUUGUGCAAAAUCGUCAAGUCGAGGAAGGAUUUAAGAUGUUUCGGGAGAUGCUAGUUUCAAGGACUUGUCCUAAUCAAGUAACUUUUGCAACACUGCUUCCUGCAUGUGGGUCAGUAGGUUCUAUUAAAUGGGGAAGAGAAGUUCAUGGAUUUAUAUGCCGGAAGGGUUUUGAUGCCAAUGUUUUCAUUGCAAGUGCUCUUAUUGACAUGUAUGCCAAGUGUGGGGGUUUAAAAGAUGCUCGAAAUGUAUUUGACAAGAUUCAUUGUAAGAAUGUUGCAUCAUGGAAUGCAAUGAUUGAUUGCUACGGGAAGUGUGGUAUGGUUGAUUCCUCAAUGGACCUGUUUACGAAAAUGCUGGAGCAAGGAUUGCAGCCAAAUGAAGUUACUUUUACAUGUAUUCUUUCAGCAUGCAGCCACAGUGGUUCAGUGGAAAGAGGGUUAGAGAUAUUCACAUUAAUGAAAGAAUGUUACGGGGUCGAGAUAAGUACGGAGCAUUAUGCUUGUAUUGUCGAUCUCUUCUGUCGUUCAGGAAAGAUAGUUGAAGCAUAUGAAUUUCUGAAGGCCAUGCCAAUACAAAUCACAGAAUCAAUUAUUGGAGCUUUUCUAAACGGGUGCAAAAUCCAUGGAAGAAGAGAUCUUGCUAAACAGAUGGCCGAGGAAAUAAUGAGAAUGCAGCUAAACGGACCCGGUGGUUUUGUUACACUAUCAAAUAUUUAUGCCGCUGAAGGUGAUUGGGAAGAGGUUGGGAAUGUGAGGAAGGUGAUGAAGGAAAGAAAUGUCAAUAAGUGUCCUGGUUUUAGUUGGCUUGAAAAGCCUUGUGAGAUUCUUGAAGGGAAGGAAGAGAAAGAGGUGGCUGUUAGGUUGAAUUUGUAA